CAGGCAAAGAUCCGGCUACAAAUAUAAGGAAGCUGAUGCGGCUAACUCUGCCUCAGUCCUAGAAUUUGGGUUGUUUUGUACUAACCUCUCACCGGCAAAAUCAACAUGACUCCCCAACAUCAAGCACUCACUCCAGAGCAGAAAAAGGAAUUGUCAGAGAUUGCUCAGCGUAUAGUUAAGGAUGGAAAAGGAAUCCUGGCAGCAGAUGAAUCAGUUGGUACUAUGGCAAGCCGUCUCAAGCGUAUUAAUGUGGAGAAUACAGAGGAGAACAGACGAUUCUUUCGCGACCUUCUUUUCUCUUCAGACGCCUCUCUGAAUAAGUAUAUUGGUGGUGUCAUUCUUUUCCAUGAAACACUCUACCAGAAAUCCAGUAAUGAAGUUCCAUUCCCCAAAGUCCUUAAAGAUCUUGGCGUUGUUGUGGGAAUUAAGGUAGAUAAAGGUACUGCAGCCUUAGCUGGAACAGAUGGCGAGACCACAACACAGGGUUUAGAUGGACUUGCAGAACGAUGUGCUCAGUACAAAAAGGACGGUGCUGACUUUGCCAAAUGGCGCUGUGUGUUGAAAAUUUCUGACUCUGCUCCUUCAAGUCUUGGUAUUUAUGAGAAUGCCAAUGUCUUGGCACGAUAUGCCAGCAUCUGCCAGCAGAAUGGCUUAGUCCCAAUUGUAGAGCCUGAAAUUCUAUCGGAUGGUUCUCAUGACCUCCAGAGAUGUCAGUAUGAGACUGAAAAGGUUCUCUCUGCAGUGUAUGCUGCAUUGAUACAGCACCAUGUUUAUUUAGAGGGAACACUCCUAAAACCAAACAUGGUCACCGGUGGACAAUCGUGUUCUGAAAAAUUUACUCCAGAACAAGUUGCCAUGGCUACAGUUACCGCCUUAAGACGAACUGUCCCUGCUGCUGUACCCGGCAUUUGUUUCCUCUCAGGAGGUCAAAGUGAAGAAGAGGCCUCUCUCAAUUUGAAUGCUAUGAACCGAUGCACCCUUGCUCGUCCUUGGCGUGUAUCUUUCUCCUAUGGAAGAGCUCUACAGGCUUCUGCCCUUUCGGCUUGGCUUGGAAAGCCUGAGAAUAAGAAGGCUGCACAGGAAGCUUUCCUUAAAAGAGCACAGAUUAAUAGUCAAGCAUCCCUUGGUCAGUACAUUCCAUCUGGAUCUUCAGAUUCCGUCUCAUCUCACUCUCUUUUCCAGCCCAGUUAUAGCUAUUAGACAAGACAUCUUGUCCUAUGACACCUAAAAUGCUCUGUGCAGGGAAUCUUUUAUUAUUUUUUUUUGUAUGACUCUCCUAUCUCUAGAAUCUCUGUAGAUAUGUAGCAGCAAUACAAACAUAUUGCGUUAUAUCAAAUGGACCAAAUCUAACAGGAGCAGUUUGUAAAACAAUAGAUAUAUUAUACAGGAAAGGUUUGUGCAAUUUGUAGCGAUUUCCCCAUCUUAAUAUCAUUUCGAGCUUAAGCAGGACUAGAAGAGCCAUCUUGUAUCUGUGAAAGAAAAAAAAAAUGCAACUUUCUUUGGUUGCUCCCAGCUUGUCAUUGAGAGAAUAUAUAUAAUAUAUUAUAAUUUUCUUUUUUUUUUCUUUUUUAUAAAUGUGCUGAUUUUCAGCACGUGUAGGACCUGUGAACAUUGUUAUUAUAGUAUGGAGGAUGUGCUAAAAAAAGUGAUCAUAAGUGACCUCAUAACAAAUGUUUACCGUACCUUCUCCUGACACUGCAAUUAUGUCCAAUUAAAAUGGUAUUUUACUGCUAA